AUGAUAUUCUUCUUCCCAAUUAUUGGGUUCGUUAGUGUGUUACUCCAUGGUCCAAUGGCAAUUGCAUCGAUAUGGUUUGUUAUUACACAAGUAAGUAUUCUGAUUUCUAACGUUAUAGUAUUGAAAUUGUUAAUGCCAGAUAUCGAAAAGAUCUGUUUUGAUGCUGUUCUAUCUAAAGAGUUUCAUGACAAUAUUGUAGUUAUGGGAAAGUUGAAUAGGAUCAAAAAAUCACCAUUCAUUAUUAAAUUUAGGAAUUACAUUUGGUCUUUGCCUAGUAACUUAAUCUUACCAUUCUUAAUACUUCGAGGAAUUCUUGUAUUCAUGGCUAGUUUCAUACCCAUAAUAGGUCCUUUAUUAGUGGUUUACAUUAAAGCUCCAACUAGAGCUUUGCAAAGUCACCAAAGAUAUUUUGCUUAUAAGAGCUUUGAUGAUAAAGACAUCAAAAAUUUUUAUAAGCUGAGAAAGAGUGAGUACGUAGCUUUUGGUCUAAUGGCCAAUUUAUUAGGGUCUAUACCAUUUCUAAAUUUACUAUUCAUGUUUACCAAUACUAUAGGGGCUGCAUUGUGGGUGGUUAAUAUCGAGUUACAAUCACAAGUUCAGGCUAAUAGUAACGAUUCUGAGAGUGCAAAAUCAGUGGCUGCAAAAAAUGAGACAAAAAAUGACACAAAAAUUGAGCCAGUUGCAACAUCUAAUCAAUAA